AUGCUGUUUAUCAGUGCCUUAGCGAUCGGCAUGAUCACUGGCUUGCAGAAUGUCACAACGGAGUUGCCAUCGACGGACAGUGACGUCGCGUCAACGACAGAAGACAUGGGACUGCUGGAGCCCACGAAGCUCUCGCCGCCAGUGGGCGAGUUGGUGAACGUGACUAUUCACGCGCGGCCGUCGAUGUGGGACGUUUACUUGCACCACUGCCCCAAGUGGCGCCCGAUCAACCACAUAUUCUUCCAAGUGGCGAACAUUUUUUUCCUAUUGUCGUUCCUCGCCCCUCACACGGACACUGGUCUGAUCUGGCUGCGUGUCACGCUCAUUCUGGGCUGCGCGUUUUCCGGCAUGUGGGCCUGGAGUGUUGAGUGCUACCUGGAUGCUGUGCUAUGGAACAGUGCUUUUAUUGUGAUUAACUUUGUGUAUUUCGCUGUGCAGUUCUAUUUGAUGAGGCCUAUCAAGUUUCACAAGGAUAUUGAAGAGGUGUAUGUGGCGCUGUUCAAGCCGCUGCGCGUGUCCCGCCGCCAGUUCCGGCGCGUGCUGAUGUGCAUGCGCAACGUGCGCCACCUCAAGUGCCACGAGCUGUACGCCCACGAGAAAGUCACCAAGGUCGACAGCCUCUCGCUAGUGCUGUCCGGCAAACUGGUGGUGUCGCAGAAUCAACGCGCUCUCCACAUUGUGUUCCCUCAUCACUUUCUAGAUUCGCCAGAGUGGUUCGGUGUCUCCACUGAUGAAUAUUUUCAGGUCUCCAUAAUGGCGAUGGAGGAGUCCCGGGUGCUGGUGUGGCACCGGGACAAGCUCAAGCUGUCCAUCAUGUCCGAUGGGUUCCUGCAGGCAGUCUUCGACCACAUACUUGGCCGCGACGUCGUUCACAAGCUUAUGCAGGUGAGCGAAACAAUGGCGGUGAGCAACGGCCACCUGGCCAACAGCUAUGAGGAGGGUGAGGACAAGCCGAUGCUGGUGGUGAAGAAGGCGGGCGACGGACCGGGGAUCACGGCGCUGCUCAACCGCCAGCUGCAGGGCGAACACGCGCCGCUGCUGCUCGCCGCGCCCGCCACGCGCCUGUGC